CUGUUGUGUGCGAUCGAACACAGUUUCUAGUUGCACCAUAUUUCCCUUGAAUGGGGAAAGGAAGUGAUAGAGCAUGAGUAAUCGUGGUUUGUGUAUCCCUUUAUGUCGUUUUCCAAUAUAUGGGCUUAACACAUACACAUUUUUGUAGGGUUCUAGUCUCGUAUUGGGUUGGAAUAGGUACGAAGAUUAUCUGUUGUUUUGAAUGACUAUCAGACAGAAUUACUGGAAAUCCCGAAGAUAAUAAUUAACGGUGCACUGCAAAAAAAAUAACUACCGAGCCGUAAUAAUGCUGCAGGAAAUUCUCGCAUUACCAGUUGAAGACAAAAUCUUUUACGCUGUCCUUGUUUUCUCAUGGACCGUGUAUAUUUGGGAGGCUUACCUCGCAUGUAGGCAGAGGAGGAUCUACAGAAGUACAAUGCAUGUGCCCACUGAGCUGGGCAAGAUAAUGGAUUCAGAGACCUUUGAAAAGUCUCGCCUCUAUCAGUUGGACAAGAGCAACUUUGGCUUCUGGUCAGGACUCUACUCUGAGGCAGAGGGCACGCUGAUUUUGCUCCUGGGAGGAAUCCCAUUCCUCUGGAAAGUGUCCGGGAUUCUCACAGCUCGGUUUGGUUUUGGUCCAGAGUAUGAGAUCUCACAGUCUUUGGUGUUCCUGAUGUUGGCGACUCUCUUCAGUGCUUUCACUGGCCUUCCCUGGAGCCUCUACAGCACAUUUGUUAUUGAGGAGAAGCAUGGAUUCAACCAGCAGACACUGGGUUUCUUCCUGAAAGACGCUCUCAAGAAGUUUGCUGUGACUCAGUGUAUCUUGUUGCCAGUGACAUCAUUGCUUCUCUACAUCAUCAAGAUCGGUGGUGAUUACUUCUUCAUCUAUGCCUGGCUCUUCACACUCAUUGUCUCUCUGAUUCUGGUGACUAUCUACGCAGACUACAUCGCCCCACUGUUUGAUAAAUUCACUCCACUGCCAGAAGGAGAGCUGAAGAGUGAGAUCGAGAGCAUGGCAAAGUCCAUCUGCUUCCCCCUCACGAAGGUCUAUGUAGUGGAAGGUUCAAAGAGAUCUUCCCACAGUAAUGCCUACUUCUAUGGUUUCUUCAAAAACAAGCGCAUUGUGCUGUUUGACACACUUUUGGAGGAUUACUCCCCGUUAAACAAAGCUGGAGAGAAAGAGCCAGGAACGGGAGAGGAGAAUGAAGCGGCGAGCAAUGAGAGCAAAUCCAAACCAAAGAACAAGAAACAAGGCUGCAGUAACCCUGAGGUUCUGGCAGUUCUUGGGCAUGAACUGGGACACUGGAAACUAGGCCAUACAGUCAAGAACAUUGUCAUAAGCCAGAUGAACUCCUUCCUGUGCUUCUUCCUUUUUGCUGUCCUGAUUGGACGAAAAGAGCUCUUCAUGGCAUUUGGUUUUCAUGACACCCAACCAACUCUUAUCGGGCUAAUGAUCAUCUUUCAGUUUAUCUUCUCACCUUACAAUGAGUUGCUGUCGUUCUGUUUGACGGUGUUGAGCCGGCGGUUUGAGUUUCAGGCAGAUGCAUUUGCGCGCGGUAUGGGCCGAUCGUCUGAGCUGUACUCUGCUCUCAUCAAACUCAAUAAGGACAACCUAGGCUUCCCUGUAGCAGACUGGCUCUUCUCUAUGUGGCAUUACUCCCAUCCUCCCCUGCUAGAGCGGCUCAGAGCCCUCACUGGACCCAAGCAAGACUGACGGCUUUGCAAGGGGGUGCCACAUUCAUCACUCGCUCCCCCAAGAAAGGGUCUCCGCCGGCCUCUAUUGGCCAUCUGAUAUUGAUGCCUAUUUCGCUCUCUUUCCCUUUCUUUUAUUUCAAUUCCUCUUCUUAAGUAUUUUACUUUUUCCAUUUGUUUGUUAUCGCCUGGAAAGGAGUCUAAAUUGUUUUUAGAUUGCUUCAUACAACUCUGUGUUCAAGAUGUUUGUUUUGAGUGCUCCAGUAUGCCUUUUGCAUGCAUACAGUAUGCGUUUGUUUAGACAUUUUAACUGUGAUUUGCCCCCACAAGUUCUUUAGAUCCAUGUAUUUCGACUUUAAUUUAGUGUCCUCCACUUGAGUCAUGAGAGCGAGGAGGUUAAAACAUCUCAGAGGGGCCCUCAGCAACAUAUGACACCAAAAGAUUCUUACAUUUAAUACUGAGUGCCAGCUGGUUUAUUUUAAAUAAUGUCUGUCUGGUGAAACAGGAAUGAGGUUUGUCUGCAGUAUAGUCAGGUGAAAUUAAAUUGAUCAGAUGAAAAAUUAUAUGUACUACCCAAUGAGACUGCUAUUCUCAACUUGUACGGCUCAGUUAAGCCAAUUAAAAUGUCUAUUCCAAUUUUAGUUCUUUCAAAAAAAAAAAGUAUUUGUUUUACCAAUUAAUUGGGUUUGAAUGUUUGUGUAAAUAUAUAUUUUUUUGUGACAUAGGAGCAACAUACAAGGGAAUGGUUGACUUUAAAAAUAUUUAAUGAGUGGUUCGAAAUGUUGUUUUAUUUAGUUAAUUUUCCCUCUGUGCCUGAGUGUGCAAGAUGUUGCUAUGAGAAUAUGUGUAGAUUAUGUUAUGUGGUCACAUUUCCCCCGUUUCCUCAGAGAAUUUAAACCAUUGAUAAUAUCAGAGUUCUGUUAUAUCGGUGAAUACUGCAUUUGAGGAUUCUUGUUCACGUUAAGAAUGUUAAAUUAGGCAUGCGAUCUUGUCAAAAUGUUGAACUCUCAAGGCUUUUACAGUAACUGACACAUUCAUGGAUUAAUGCAGAGUGGAGUCAAUGGAAUGUCCACCUGUUGAAAAUAAACUCUAAACCAUAGCAAAUCCUUAGAGAGAGUUAUAUGGCUGUAUGUUCAAAUUUGUUCCACAAGGAAUAUGUCUUGUGACAUCUGGAAUGUUUGGACUGGAAAGAUGAACUUUUGCAUCACUAUGAAUAAAACCGAUCACAACA